AUACCCUCAUAUACUCCUCAAUAGCAAACACUAUUUUAGUCAGUGAUGAUGCAACUGUUUCCUGUGAAACAUCCAACACAGUCACAAAGCAUGCGUGACUGAUAACAGCUUGCAUACAGCGUACUUUGACCACCGCAGGUUGUUUCAUGCUCGGGAAUGAGGAUUACACUUCACUGUCCUGCAGGAACACAUCUGGAUUAACUCUGGGGAAAGACUUUUAACUUCUUUUAAGGAUCUGCACUGCCACCAUGUCAACAACUGUACAGAUAGAGCCGGUCAUGGAGAAAAGGUACGGAGGAGUUGGCCGCUGCAAGUGCUCCUUCUGGUUCGCAGUCGCCCACGACAUAAUCGGCGUCUUCAUCAUGAUGGUCGGGGUGUUCGGAGGGCUGGUCAUCCACGAUCUGUUCAUCUACGCGGGGGCUAUCGUCAUCUUCCUCAGCCUCAUCUGGUGGGUGUUCUGGUACUCCGGGAACAUCGACGUGCCGCCCGAGGAGCUGGAGGACGACGUGGGCAUGAUGAAGCUGAAGAACCGAGGACUCAGCCGGGCCGUGAGGCGCGUGUCUGACCGCCUCUCCAGCACCAUCAGGAACUCUUUCAGAAAGAACGGCAGGUCUUAUAGAGAAGACCCCACAGGGAACAACAGACCUGGAGCAGAAGUUUCCCUCUCCACCAUCUACGACAGCACCAUCGCCUCCUCAUCAUCAUCAAAAGAACUUGUGAGAGAGACAUUAUCGAUAUGAGAGAACCCUAUCAUAGACUGAACAUGGAUUCUUUAUUUUCCUUUGCUCCACAGUUUAUUCAGUUGAAAGUGAUUUUGUGUUUGUUCUGCUUUCAUGCACUAGUAAUGAUUAGACAACACUGAAGUCUUGUCUAGAUAUCAUCCACAUGUCCUUAUCUCGCUGAUAAGAUGUCAACUUUGCACACUAUAACAUUGUUGCAAACCGCUCUGAUUCUCAUCUAGUCACUGUUUUGUUAUCAGUCAUGUUGUGUUGAUUCACAGAUUCUGCAGAUUAGGAAUGUGGUGACAAAAUGAGAAAAAAAUAGGCUAUGAAAUAAUAACUUACGAUGAGGCUGAUUCAUAUCUGGAUAAUAUAACUGUAACCAGAGUAUUUAUAGCUGUCUUUUUUUGUAAGACGAAACAGUAACUUAACAAAAUGCAGCCAGAAGGAUGAAUCAUACAGAUUUUUUUUAUUUAAAUGUUUUACUUAUUUUGCCUUUUUUUAUGUAUGAAGCCAAAUUGAAAGUUCAUAAAAUCGUCUGUCUAACACAUAAAGUACAAUUGAUAGCGUAUAAUGGUUGUGUAUUUUUAAAUGUAUUUGAAUAUUGCAGGGUCGCAGAUGGGAUUUUUGAACUGGGGGGACGAAGCUGUCAGCAAAUGAUUUCAACUCAGUGAGUUAUUUUUCCACUCCAUGCCUUAACCCAAAUAUGUUUUUGUUUUUUUAAAUGAACUGUAGUGUAAACAACAACCAACAUAUUAACAUAAAUCAAAAUAAGUUUGUACAUGAAAUUCCCAGUGCAGCCAAACAAAUUUACUGACUUGAAGCUGACUCAAUGAAGGACCCAAAAACAUCUCUCCUCCUUUCAUCACCCUGAACAUACUGCUGGGAAAUUUGUUUUCU